GUCGCUCCCUUCCGCAUCGAGCCCUCCCUCUCGCGCCGCCGUCGCCGUCGCCGCCACCGCCACACGACCUCGCCGCCGAGAUGACGAAGCGAACCAAGAAGGCUGGAAUUGUUGGCAAAUAUGGCACUAGGUAUGGUGCCAGUUUGCGUAAGCAAAUCAAGAAGAUGGAGGUAUCUCAGCACUCCAAGUACUUCUGUGAGUUCUGUGGGAAGUUUGCUGUGAAGAGGAAAGCGGUUGGAAUUUGGGGAUGCAAGGACUGUGGGAAGGUCAAGGCUGGCGGUGCUUACACCAUGAACACUGCUAGUGCGGUCACUGUCAGGAGCACAAUCCGUCGCCUGAGGGAGCAGACUGAAGCUUGAUUUCACUACCCUUUUUGUCCUAAGGAGUUCUAUUGAUUCUGUAUCGAGUCAAGACUUGCGCUGGUCACUAUAUUGGAUGUUGAGCUUCUGCACAUCGUUUAACAUUUUUGUUUUCUACUUUAGGAUCUCCUAAGCAUGCUGCCAAAAUCUGCACUUUGAAGCCAUUGUGAACUUUCAAUUAUCUGGAUCCAAUGAGCGCUUUGCGGUGCAAACCUCUCUUUUUUAUUGGGUUUUAGUGGUUAGUAGGUGUGGUCUAAGGUAUAUCAUUUAUUGCCUAUUCUGUUUUGAUAGUUUGUUGGGAUCAUAGUUGCCUUUCAAACUUCAAUCAUGUUCAGCGGCAGUUGUUUUCUUGACCUAAUAGAGCGUUCCCAUUACCA